AUGGUCCGGCAACUCCCAUAUCUUCUCCUCUUCAUUUCCCCCUCUCUUUCUCUUAUUUUCUUUCCUUUCAUUCUCUUUAUUCACCUCCUUAUUUUUCCUAUUUUUCACUUCCUCUCUUUCUCUGUUUUUUAUUCGCCUCCCCUUCAUUUCCCCUCCUCCUUCUUUUUCUCCUUUCGUUUCUUUCUUUUUAUUCACCUCCCCAUUUUUUCUCCUUCCCGCCUUUCUCUACUUUUUAUUCGUCUCCCCUUCAUUUCCCCUCCUCCUUAUUUUUCUCCCGUUUUUCCUUUCGUUUCUUUCUUUUUAUUCGUCCCAUUUUUUUUCUUUUUUUUUUCCUCUCUUUCUACUUUUUAUUCGCCACCCUUCAUUUCACCUCCUCCUUCUUUUUUUACCUGUUUUCCCUUUCGUUUCUUUCUUUUUAGUUUCUCCUCAUUUUUCCCUCACUUUUCACUUCCUCUCUUUCUCUACUUUUUAUUCGUCUCCCCUUCAUUUCACCUCCUCCUUCUUUUUCUCCCGUUUUUCCUUUCGUUUCUUUCUUUUUAUUCACGUCCCCAUUUUUUCUCUUUUUUCCUUCCUCUCUUUCUCUACUUUUUAGUUGCCACCCCUUCAUUUCACCUCCUUUUUUUUUUUACCUGUUUUCCCUUUCGUUUCUUUCUUUUUAGUUUCUCCUCAUUUUUCCCUCACUUUUCACUUCCUCUCUUUCUCUACUUUUUAUUCGUCUCCCCUUCAUUUCCCUCCUCCUUCUUUUUCUCCCGUUUUUCCUUUCGUUUCUUUCUUUUUAUUCAUGUCCCCAUUUUUUCUCUUUUUUCCUUCCUCUCUUUCUCUACUUUUUAUUCGCCUCCCCUUCAUUUCACCUCCUCCUUCUUUUUCACCUGUUUUCCCUUUCGUUUCUUUCUUUUUAGUUUCUCCUCAUUUUUCCCUCACUUUUCACUUCCUCUCUUUCUCUACUUUUUAUUCGCCUCCCCUUCAUUUCCCCCUCCUUCUUUUUCUCCUGUUUCUCCUUUCUUUCUCCUCAUUUUUCCCUCCUUUUCACUUCCUCUCUUUCUCUACUUUUAUUCGUCUCCCUUCAUUUCACCUCCUCCUUCUUUUCUCCUGUUUUUCCUUUCGUUUCUUUCUUUUUUAUUCACGUCCCCAUUUUUUCUCUUUUUUUUCCUUCCUCCCUUUCUCUACUUUUUAUUCGCCUCCCCUCAUUUCCCCUUCUUCUUCUUUUUCACCUGUUUUCCCUUUCGAUUCUUUCUUUUUAGUUUCUCCUCAUUUUUCCCUCAUUUUUCACUUCCUCUCUUUCUCUACUUUUUAUUCGCCUCCCCUUCAUUUCCCCCUCCUUCUUUUUCUCCUGUUUUUCCUUUCGUUUCUUUCUUUUUAUUCACCUCCUCAUUUUUUCUCUUUUUUCCUUCCUCUCUUUCUCUACUUUUUAUUCGCCUCCCCUUCAUUUCCCCUCCUUCUUCUUUUUCACCUGUUUUUCCUUUCGUUUCUUCCUUUUUAGUUUCUCCUCAUUUUUCCCUCACUUUUCACUUCCUCCCUUUCUCUACUUUUUAUUCGCCCCCCUUCAUUUCCCCCUUCUUUUUUCUCCUGUUUUUCCUUUCGUUUCUUUCUUUUUAUUCACCUCCCCAUUUGUUCUCUUUUUUCCUUCCUCCCUUUCUCUACUUUUUAUUCGCCUCCCCUUCAUUUCCCCUCCUUCUUUUCACCUGUUUUCCCUUUCGUUUCUUUCUUUUUAGUUUCUCCUCAUUUUUCCCUCACUUUUCACUUCCUCCCCUUUCUCUACUUUUUUAUUCGCCUCCCCUUCAUUUCCCCCCUUCUUUUUUUUCUCCUGUUUCUCCUUUCGUUUUUUCUUUUUAUUCACCUCCCCAUUUUUUCCCUUUUUUCCUUCCUCUCUUUCUCUACUUUUUAUUCGCCUCCCCUUCAUUUCCCCCUCCUUCUUUUUCUCCUGUUUCUCCUUUCGUUUUUUCUUUUUAUUCACCUCCCCAUUUUUUCCCUUUUUUCCUUCCUCUCUUUCUCUACUUUUUAUUCGCCUCCCCUUCAUUUCCCCCCUCCUUCUUCUUUUUCGUCUCUUUCUUUUUAUUCGCCUCUUCAUUUUCUGUUCUUUCCUUUUGUUUUUUCUUCCUUUCCUUCACUUUUUAA